AUUCCUUCACUGUCAGUUAGUGUGCGGUGACAGAUACUCAUCGGUGAGCCAACAAUCCAGCUCCAAGUGUAAACUAUGGAAGAGAUUAAUAACGUUGACGUCACUCCGUGCACAGAGUCCGAUUAUCUGAAACCGCUCAGGGUGCACUAUAACCAGAAUGGCACAAAGAAAUCCUGGGACUUCAUGCGAACCCACGAUAGUGUGUCAGUGCUGAUCUUCAACACCAGCUCACACUGUUUUGUCCUCGUCAAGCAGUUCCGCCCAGCUGUAUACAUGUGCGAGUGGGAAAGGACCAAGACGCAGCCGCCUCAGUCGGCUGAAAAGACUGAGGAGGGCGCCUCCGAAGCCACCGCCCCGGCCCCCGAGUCCCUGGAGGGCCAGUCGGCGGCAGAGGGGGAGAGCUCUUCUCAGCGGCCCCCGGCCUCAGCGGGGGUCACCUACGAGCUCUGCGCCGGACUGGUGGACAAACCCAAUCUAUCUCUGGAGGAGAUCGCCCGGCAGGAGGUGCUGGAGGAGUGUGGCUACGAUGUGCCGGCCUCUAAACUGAAGAGGAUUACUUCUUACAGGUCAGGCGUAGGUGUAACGGGUGCCAAGCAGACUAUGUUUUACGCCGAGGUGUCUGAUGACAACUGCGUGAGUGCAGGUGGAGGUGAGCCACGGGAGGGAGAGCUUAUCGAGGUGGUCAAAGUCCCGCUGCACGAGGCCAUGACGUUUGCCUACGACGAGCGUAUACCCAAAACCAUGGGCAUCAUUUUUAGUUUCAUCUGGUUCCAUAAUAACAUGUCUCCCAAGUACAAGAUCUCCACCAAUGUGUAACUAGUAUUAACCAACCAUCUUUAUACCGUUUAUUCCAAAUUAAAUCAAACACUGGCCCAGCACAUCCACUCUUUCCCUCAUGGCUCUUCAUCCUGUAUUGCCUUUUUUGCUUAUUGGUACAUGAGGAAAGGUGGGCCCCUUGUCUUGUUGCCAACAGGUAUCUUUAAGUUUUGUCCUGUUCACCUUUUUUAAGUUUUCAUGUGGUCUUAAUAUUUUCCCUAGAAACAAAUUUGCCAUAGCUGGUUGUCACUGGCACAUUUUUCUCUUCUUGAUGAUUUUUGUAGUCUGUUAAUCAUUUAAUUUACUGUGCCAUCUGUUUAUAAAUGGCUGCAUAUCACUGAUUUCAUUUGCCUGCCCUUGAUUAAAGGAACACUCCACUGAUUUUAGUGUAGGUUCUUGAAUGUUACCUGCAUUUAUAUUUUUAAAAAAAGCAUAUAAAUACACCUGAUAUUGGUGAUAAAAAUAAAGCCAUUUGCCAUUCUGCUUGCAGUCAAAUAAACAAACUUGUCAAACAUG